AGUUAUUUUUGGUUGGAGGGAGAAAUGAAGCAGAGAGGCUAAAGUUAAUCAGUUAAGAGGAAAUGUUAAGCUCUUUAGGUCAAAUUCCUGCAUCUGUUUUCAAUUCUCUACCUAACAAUUCCAAAACGGCACUGAAGAGAAAUUCUCAUGUUGUCAAACGAACAGAGUUUGGAAUUACUUUUGCUUCACGAAGUUUCCUCUCAACAGUCUCAGUAAACAAGAAAGUGCAGCAGCAUGGUCUCACGAUCUCAGCAGUUAUGACAGAAGAUCGCUCAAUGAUGACAAAUAAUGAGGUGGACUUGGAAAACAUUGGUCUUUUGAGCACUGAUGCUGGAUUAGAACAAUUUAAAGAUCACUUCAGAUAUAGAAUAGAAAGAUUUAUAAAUCAGAAGCAGCUGAUUGGAAAACAUGAAGGAGGUCUUGAGGAAUUCUCCAAAGGUUAUCUAUAUUAUGGAUUUAAUCGAGAAGAAGGUAGCAUCGUCUACCGCGAGUGGGCCCCUGCAGCUCAGGAGGCAGAAGUUAUUGGUGACUUCAAUGGAUGGGAUGGUUCCAAUCACCGGAUGGAAAAGAAUGAAUUUGGUGUUUGGAGUAUCAAAAUUCCCGAUUCUGGAGGAAAUCCCGUCAUUCCUCACAACUCAAGGGUCAAAUUCCGAUUCAAGCAUGGUAAUGGAGUUUGGGUUGAUCGAAUUCCAGCUUGGAUUAAAUAUGCUACUGUGGAUCCUGGAAGUUUUGGAGCACCAUAUGAUGGCGUAUACUGGGAUCCUCCAACUUCAGAGAGGUAUCAGUUCAAAUACCCUCGACCUCCAAAACCCAAGGCCCCACGUAUAUAUGAGGCUCAUGUGGGAAUGAGUAGUUCUGAACCCCGUGUUAACACAUACAGAGAAUUUGCGGAUGAUGUUUUGCCUCGUAUACGGGCAAGUAAUUAUAACACGGUCCAGUUAAUGGCUGUCAUGGAGCAUUCGUACUAUGGAUCAUUUGGGUAUCAUGUUACUAACUUUUUUGCUGUAAGCAGUAGAUCCGGAACUCCCGAGGAUCUUAAAUAUCUAAUUGACAAAGCCCAUAGCUUGGGUUUAUGUGUUCUGAUGGAUGUUGUUCAUAGUCAUGCAAGUAACAAUGUUACUGAUGGCCUCAAUGGUUUUGAUGUUGGGCAAAGUUCUCUGGAGUCCUAUUUUCACGCUGGAGAUCGAGGCUACCAUAAACUGUGGGAUAGCAGGGUCUUUAAUUAUGCUAAUUGGGAAGUUCUCCGCUUUCUUCUGUCCAACUUAAGGUGGUGGCUGGAGGAAUAUAAAUUUGAUGGUUUUCGGUUUGAUGGAGUAACUUCGAUGUUAUACCAUCACCAUGGAAUCAACAUGGCGUUCACAGGGAAUUAUAGUGAGUAUUUUGGUGAGGCAACUGAUGUUGAUGCUGUUGUCUAUUUGAUGCUUGCCAAUUCUCUGAUUCACAGCAUAUUGCCUGAUGCUGCUGUGAUUGCUGAAGAUGUUUCUGGCAUGCCUGGACUUGGCCGUUCUGUCUCUGAGGGGGGAAUUGGUUUUGACUAUCGUCUAGCAAUGGCCAUCCCUGACAAAUGGAUUGAUUACUUGAAAAACAAGAGUGACGAAGAGUGGUCAAUGAAGGAAAUCUCAUGGAGCUUAACUAAUAGGAGAGACACUGAGAAAUGCGUUGCUUAUGCUGAGAGUCAUGAUCAAUCAAUUGUAGGGGACAAGACAAUCGCCUUCUUACUGAUGGAUAAAGAAAUGUAUUCUGGGAUGUCUUGUUUGACAGAUCCCUCACCUUCUGUUGAACGAGGGAUAGCACUUCAUAAGAUGAUUCAUAUUCUAACCAUGGCAUUAGGAGGUGAGGGCUAUCUGAAUUUUAUGGGAAAUGAGUUUGGCCACCCCGAGUGGAUUGAUUUCCCAAGAGAAGGCAAUGGAUGGAGCUAUGACAAGUGUAGACGCCAGUGGAACCUAGUAGAUGCUGAAGACUUGAGAUAUAAGUUCAUGUACGCAUUUGACAAAGCUAUGAACUUGCUUGAUGAAAAGUACUCAUUUCUUUCAUCAACAAAGCAGAUAGUGAGCAGCGCAAAUGAAGCGGAAAAGGUCAUUGUCUUCGAGCGUGGGGAUCUAGUUUUCGUAUUCAACUUUCAUCCAAAUAAUUCAUAUGAUGGGUACAAGGUUGGGUGUGACUUGCCAGGGAAGUACAGAGUUGCACUUGAUAGUGAUUCUUGGGAAUUUGGUGGACACGGAAGAGUGGGGCAUGAUGUGGACCAUUUUACAUCUCCUGAAGGAAUACCUGGAGUGCCUGAAACAAAUUUCAACAAUCGCCCCAACUCCUUCAAAAUACUCUCCCCACCUCGUACUUGUGUGGCUUACUACAGAGUUGAUGAAAGCCAAGAAAGUCUGAAGCAGACAUUAGCAGUAGAUACUGUAACAUUGGCAGCCGAUGUUGCUGCUGUGAAGGAGAUUUCCGAAGAACUUGCCGAUGACAAUGAUAUUGAAGAUUCUCCUCUUUCAGAAGACUGACAAUCUUGCUGCAUCUGAACCUUGCGGAUGGCUUCUCUAUUAUAGGCAUGAAGUUUAUUUAACUAUAGGAAAAUAAUAUAGGGUUAAAAUUAGGAGCAGAUCUUCAAUAAAGUUGGUCGCUGUACAUAUAUUAGAGAGUACUAUUAUAUGCUUCAUAUGAUCACGUGUGUAGGAAAAAUUAGCCGAUAAAUGAAGUGCUAGCUGCAUGUAAGCUGAAAUAACAUAUCUUUCACUGAAAUAACAUUUUUUGAAAGAUCCAA